AUGUUUAAGCACAACAAUAUUAUCCCAAAUGAACAUUUUCACAAGCACCGGCAAAACUAUGCUACUGGCAUUGCUAUCGAUCAUCGCUGCAAAAACCAUUCUUUGGAGGGUCUUAAAACUAAUGUGCAGAGGCUGAAGACAUACAAGGCCAAUUUAGUUGUUAACCCAAGACGACAUUAUGUACCUCUACCUUUAUUCUGUCUGCAAGAUCGGGAGCAUAAUCGGCCGCGGCGGCGAGAUCGUGAAGUAGCUUCGCGUGGAGACGAAGGCGAAGAUCCAGAUCAGGGAGACGAUUCUGGGAUGAGACAAGCGUGUUGUGACGAUCUAUAG